UUCCAUGUGCAUAUGCACAUAGGUACAUGGUACAUUGCAGAUUUCAUGAGGGACACUUACAGACUUUUGUUCUUCACACUGAACACGCAGUGGACCUACAGUUCUCUGUAUUAAAAAGCAAUGUUUAGAAUACUGACGGAUAUAUUAAAAAUUGAACUGAAAAUUUCUUUUGCUCAUUGAAGUACACAACAAAAAAUGGGAAAUUACGUGAGCAAAAUUGCAUCAAUGUCAAACAAUGCAGUGCAUUCUGUAUACCGUGGUCGUAAACGAAAGUGCAUUGAGGAGGACGAACUUGAUUCUGAAUCGGAUUACAUUGAUCGGACGCUUCAAACGCCAAAAAAAAGAAAAUUACUAACAACGGCACAAUAUAUUUACAAAACUCUGUUUCAAGAAGAAAAGGGAAGUGAUAUAACUGUACUCAUGUUGGGAAAAGCAUGGAGAUUACAUAAAGUUUAUAUAAGUCAGAGUCCAUAUUUUGCGAGUAUGUUUUCAGGAUCUUGGAGGGAAGCAAAUGAAACAGUUAUAAGUGUAGAAAUCGCUGACCCUAACAUCACAUUGGAUUCUCUUUUGACAGUCUUUGGUUCAUUUUACCAGGAUGAAGUCAGUUUAGAACCGAAAGAUGUUAUAUCAAUUUUGGCUACCUCUACAUUAUUUCAAUUGCAAGGAUUAAUUGAUCAAUGUACAGAUAUUAUGGUAGAGACAACAAAUAUAAAGACAGUUGUCCCUUACUAUAAUGCUGCUGUAUCUUAUGGUGUACCAGUAGUAAAAACUGCAGCAAAACGGUGGUUGGAAGUGAAUCUUUUAGGAUAUGGAUGGUUACAUCCUACUUUUUUAAAAGAGAUAACACCUGACUUGAUGGCUGAGUUAAUUGCUAGUCCUGACUUAAUUGCUAUGCAAACGGAAUUUUGCAUUUAUAUGAUGCUACGUGUAUGGUUAUUUGUUCAUGUACACAAUAAAGAAGAAACACUUCAAAUUGAUGAAUAUUUUAGAAAUCAUAAAUGGACAAAACCAUUCCUUACAACAGAAGAAGGCAAAGAAUUUGCAGCACCUUUUAAAGCGCUGAGAAUGAAAUAUCUUUUACUACAUGAUCAGGAUGUAAAAAUUUUAUAUAGUGACAAUCUAAUACCACACGAAUGGUUGCAUAAUGCAUAUAAAGAGCAAUGGUUACAUUUACUAAGAAUAGAUGCAAAUAAAGAUCGAGGGUCGAUGGACAUAGUAAAGAGUCUCAAAUAUGGCUCCUUUUUUCUUCCCUUCUUUUUUACAACCAGUUUUGUGGACAGAAUUUUCAGUCUAAAAAACCUACUCCCAUGUUUGUUCCACUUUAGACCAAAACAAAUGAGUGAAGAAGAAUUCGCUCGUGAAUGUUUCCGUUGCGGAAGAUGCAUUGAAAAAGCUGGUGAGCAUAUUUGGAGAUGGACAGCAUUUCAUUUUGGAUUAGAUUUGGUGGUGUGCUUGGAUAGUACUACUUUGAGAAUUAAAAGAAAUCACAGAUUAGAGACAGAUCAUAUAAAAGCUAAUCAUGGCAAGCACAAUAUAAUUUUAAAAGUAAGUCUAAUUUCAUUGGAUGAGCAACGUCAAGUGAAACACAUUCAGAGUUCGGGUAUGCUUAGGUUAUCGCUUCAUAAGAACGAAGAAAAACAAGUAAUGUCCCUGGACAAACAACUUACUUAUCCUUUGUAUAUAUCAGUCAACAUGCAAGUAGUCACACCAUUUGUAUCAACGGAAGAGGAAAAAUCAGCUGAUAUAGUUAUAUUUUCGGAUACUUAGCACACUAAGCAUUCAAUGUUUCCAAAACAUUCGAAUUGAAUUUAACGACGUACGCUUACCUCAGAUAAUAAUCCAGCUGUUCCAAUUUAUAAUAUCCAAGUAUGACCAAGUACUAUAAAUUUUGUUACUCACCCACGCGACGUUUAUAUUGUGGAGAUGCUAAUUUCUGAUUAAAACGUUUAUAAACUCAAGAAUUUCUAGUCGACUAAAUGGAAUUACAAUAUUAGUAUAUAUGAAGAAAAUUUAAUUUCUUCUCUUUGUACUUUCCAGAUAUAUCAUAAUUCAGAUACUUAUUUUUUCUAACUUAUUUUUCUAAAAAAUUUUUCUAAUUUGUCAUUUAUAAAAAUAUAUUUAGGCUAUCAAAAAGUUGGCUAGUUUUUUGACGAUGUUAAUCAUAAAAAUUUUAUUUUUAUUAACUCUAAGUAAUUGAAUAUCAAAUUUUCUAAAAAAAAAUUUUUCAUACAAGAUACCACAGUAUUAGACAUUUGCUUUCACACUAGCACUUACGCAUUUAUAUAUUUAUAUGCCAUGAUGACACUAGUAACAAAAUAGGCUAGUUUUUCAAUCGAUAAUUUUAUAUAUUCAUAGUGAAGAUAAAGAUGUAAUUGUGUAAGUUAAUUCAUAGACACGCUGAUCGAGUGCUUCUGUGUCUUCCGGCCAGCCAUCGAAACAUCGACCUUCGUGCCUUAUGAAUGCCAAUUGAAAACUAAAAAAUGAAUAUUGCGUAUAAGUGCAAAUAUUGUUUUUAUUGCUAAUUAACAGAAAUUUUUAUACAAAAUUUUCUACUUUUUGAAAGCUGUUAUUACAUAAUAUUGAGAACAUUUUCAAUCUAAACAAUACGUAACUACGUAAAUAACGUUCCUCUAAUUUUGCAAUCUAUUAUAUAUAUUAUAUAUGGUGCUAUUGUCUAAUAUGCGCGAAGUUUUACUUUUUACUUAUUACUAUUAUAUAGAGAUUGUUACAUAAAAAAAAAUACUUAGCCUAGCAGUUAAGAUUUUUCUACACUUAAUAUGCAUUAUUUACUUUAAAUCAACUCCUCGAUAUGGAAUAAUAUGUUGUAUUUUACAUACCAUUAUCAGGCAUUGUGAUUUAUUACUUACCUUUUCUAGCGAUUCACAUGCAUAAUUAUACAACUGCUUAUUCAGUUCAUUAUAGUAACAAAUAUUGAAGAUACAUGAAUGUAUAUGAUAAUUUACCUACAAAAAAAAAUACUGCGCUAUAAAGCAUUUUUCUGUCUUUUAAUUUAAUUAUAAAUGAAGGUCAUAUGAGUCAAUGAUACAUCGCAAAAGAAAAUAUCAUUUAUUUCUGUACAUUAAUAUUGCAAUUGCUGAAUAAUAGAUCAGUUAACUUGCAAGGUUUCUGAUACAUGAAAUAUAAUUUUGAUUCUGUUUGUUCGAUUUUUUUUUUUUAUAACCAUUCAACACUUUAUUGGCAGAAUAUUCUCUGUACAUAAUGAUCAAUGCGUACAAUGCAACAUUAAUAGAAUAAAUAUUACAAUAAAACUGAAAUAUUACAAUCAUGACCUGGCAUGUUUUGUUAAUUAAAUAUAUUUAUGUAACACAAAAUCACAAAAUAUGUAAACUAUUCAAAUGAAAUACUUUUUUCCUUUUCUCUUUUACUUAUUUUUUUUUUCGAUAUGCUUUACGGGGGCAGUGUUGCCAGUAGUUUUAUUUCAUCAUGAAGUGAAUAUGGGCGGAUGAUAUGUAUGAAAAUUAAUUAAAUGUUUCAUAUAAACAAUUGCUCGGAGAAACGGUUUCGUUACAUUCCGCUCGAUAUUAGGUAAAAUUUCUACGAUGUGCCACAGGCACGCUAGAAGGAAAGAGAAGACUAAGAAAACGUAUCAUUAAUGUUUAUUUUUAUUCAUUAUUGACAGUUUCCUAUGGUCAUCGCUGAUCAAGAUACAUUGAACGAAGUAUAGUGACAAAAAAUUUCAUUGAUAUUUUGUCUAUCGCAAUAUGCUCGCGUAUUUCUCUGCUUAUCGCGAA